AUGUCAAUCCCAAGUAAGGUCCGGAAUUUCUUGUGGAGGGCAAUAAAGAAUGCUAUACCAAUCAAGACCAGCUUAGUUCAGAGGAAGGUAUUGAUAGAGGAGACUUGUGAUCAGUGCAAAAUGCAACCCGAGAAUGUUUUACAUGCUCUGUGGUCGUAUUCUUGCCUUGAUGAGGUGUGGAUGUCCGAUCAAGUUUGGAGUUUCAGGGACACAAGGACUUUCUCAAAUUUCCAGCAACUCAUACUUCACAUUAUUGAAGCAAACAUGGACCUGGAAGUGUUUUCCAUGGUGGUGUGGUCCUUGUGGCAUAGACGGAAUCAAGUUAGAGUUGGUAAGGCUGUUCUUCCACUCGGGCAGACCUUAGCUCGGGUUCAGCAGCAAUUGCAGGACUAUUACCGAGCCCAACUAGUGAAAUCAGCCCCACCACAGACUACUCGUCACUCAAAUACUCGGUGGACCCCUCCCUCUAGUUCCACAUUGAAAGUAAAUUACGAUGGAGCAGUUUUUCAUGAAACUAAUGAGGCCGGACUAGGUGCUGUUAUCAGGAACAGUGCAGGCUGA